UUAUUUCCGCCCUUCGAUUGCUGCGCAUGCGUCGUAGGCUCCCGGCACAUCCGCCCGGACAGACACGUUCCUCAAGAUGGCGGCGCCCGAGCCGGUAUCUUCAGAUGAGGAGGAAGUGGAACAUGAACCUAGAUUGCGAGACACCCCUGAAGACCUUUCGCUUGAAGCAGCUGCAAACACCAUUGCCUUUCACCCCUGCCGGGAUAUCAUAGCUGCUGGAGAUGUGGAUGGUGAUGUCUAUGUGUAUUCAUAUUCCUGUUUGGAAGGUGGGAACAAGGAGCUUUGGUCUUCAGGACAUCAUUUAAAAUCUUGUCGAGAAGUGUCCUUUUCUCAUGAUGGACACAAGCUCUUCACAGUGUCCAAGGAUAAAGCCAUUCAUAUCCUGAAUGUGGAGGAAGGCCGUCUCAUAACACGUUUCUCCAAAGCCCACAGCUCUGGUUUAAACAGCCUGCUGGUGAUAGAUGAACAUCUGUUUGCCACAGGAGAUGACAAUGGGGAAUUGAAAGUGUGGGAUCUGCGCAAGGGUACCUCCAUCAUGGAAAUGAAGGAGCAUGAAGAAUACAUUAGUGAUAUUGCUGUGGAUGGAAAUAAGAAAUUGCUGCUCACCACAAGUGGAGAUGGAACUCUGGGAGUCUUCAACAUCAAGAGAAGGCGCUUUGAGCUACUCUCUGAGCCUCAGAAUGGAGAUUUAACAGCCAUCUCACUUAUGAAGAGAGGAAAGAAAGUGGCCUGUGGCUCCAGUGAGGGAACCAUUUACCUCUUUAACUGGGAUGGUUUUGGGGCUACCAGUGACCGUUUUGCACUGAAGGCGGAGUCCAUUGACUGCAUGCUUCCCAUAACAGAGAGCAUUGUGUGUACAGGCUCCACUGACGGGGUCAUCAGGGCAGUAAAUAUCUUGCCCAACCGGGUGAUAGGCAGCGUUGGGCAGCAUGUAGGGGAGCCUAUUGAGCAGCUAGCCAAAUGUCAUACUAGCCCAUUCCUUGCCAGUUGCGGCCAUGACCAGAAGGUGAAAUUUUGGGACAUCUCUUCACUUAGCUCAGUAAUUGUGGAUGAUUACAGAAAGAAGAAGAAAAGUGGCCAGUUGAAAUCUUUGAGCCAUAAAGCCUUUGGCAGUGGGGAGGACUUCUUUGCAGAUUUGAGAGAGGAGCCUGCAAGCCUAGAGGAAAGGGACAACAUGAUGGAGAGUGACAGUGACUGAAAAUCUUACACCAAUUGUAUAUGUGAGGUCACUUAUCUGGAUGGGCCUUUGUAACUAUAGGUAGUGGGAAGCUACCAUGUUUUGCAGACAGUCAUGUAUGUCCUUGUAUUGUGGAGGAGUCAGCAUGAUAGUUGAUCCUGUCUUCUUGUGAAGAAAACUCCGGACAGCACCAAUGAAAUUGGUACUGAAGCAUCCAGCCAAAAAAAGUCAAUCUUCCUGAGACUGCAGCAGAGCUGUGGAAGAGGUGUUCUGUCUUGGGUCUCUGGUUCAUGAGGAAAGUACAACCAGGUUGUUACAGCAAUGAGAAGAUAUCAUAUUGCAACUUAAGAGUUUGGAAAGAAAAUGUAGAAUUUUUAUAUAACUGCAGAUGCCAACAUUCUGUUGGGAUUUUAUGCGGUGUAACUUUUGGAGAGAAAUUGUUUCAGGUGAAGAAACCAUUAUAGACAUUAGCCAGUAUCCUAUUGCCCAGCUCCACCUGCACAAAAAAGCAAUGACACUGGCAAUGACGGAUUUUAAAAAAGCAUCACUCCCACUCAGUUCCAACCAAUCCAGGCCUUUUUACAGAUUC